AUCCAUGAACAAGAUGACGGAUGGGUCUUCAUCUUCUUUCUUUCCUGAUUUUGGGCUGCUCUUGUAUUUGGAGGAGCUAAACAAAGAGGAAUUGAAUAAAUUCAAGUUACUUCUGAAGAAUGAGACCAUGGAAUCUGGGUGCUGCCAGAUACCCUGGGCUGAGGUGAAGAAGGCCAAGCGAGAAGACCUGGCUAAUUUGAUAAACAAAUAUUAUCCGGGGGAACAAGCCUGGGAUGUGGCUCUCAAAGUCUUUGGCAAAAUGAACCUGAAGGAUUUGUGUGAGAGAGCAAAAGCAGAGAUCAACUGGACAGUCCAUUCCCUGGGACCAGAGGAUGCCAGGACACAAGAGGAACAGGGUGAGCAGUUAGGUGAUGGAACAGAAUACCGAACCCAAAUAAAGGAAAAAUAUUGUAUCACAUGGGAUAAGAAGUGUUUGUUUGGAGAACCUGAAAAUUUCCAUCCUGGAGUUGCUCAGAAAGAUCACGAACUGUUGGAACAUCUGUUUGAUGUGGAUGUGAAAACCGGUGAGCAGCCACAGACAGUGGUGCUCCAGGGGCCUGCUGGAGUCGGAAAAACAACCUUGGUGAGAAAAGCAAUGGUAGACUGGGCCCAGGGCAGUCUCUACCAGCAGAGGUUUAGCUAUGUCUUUUAUCUCAACGCAAGGGAAAUCAACCAGUUGAGUGAACGAAAUUUUGUUCAAAUGAUAUCAAAGGACUGGCCCAGCACCGAAGGCCCCAUUGAAAGGAUCAUGUCCCAGCCCAGUAGUCUCCUUUUUAUCAUUGAUAGUUUUGAUGAGCUGAACUUUGCCUUUGAGGAACCUGAGUCUGUGCUGUGCGAGGACUGGACCCAGAUACAUCCAGUGUCCUUCCUUCUGAGUAGUCUUCUGAGGAAAGUGAUGCUCCCUGAGUCAUCCUUAUUGGUGACAACAAGACUCACAGCUUGGAAGAAACUGAAGCCUUUGUUGAAGAAUCCACAUCCUGUUGAGCUGCUGGGUAUGUCGAAAGGUGCCAGAGAGGAGUAUAUUUAUCAGUGUUUUGAAGACCGAAAGAGAGCUUUGCAGGUAUUCAGUUCACUAAGAAGCAACGAGAUGGUUUUUAGCAUGUGUAAAGUGCCCCUGGUGUGCUGGCUCCUUUGCACCUGUCUGGAGCAGCAAAUGGAGAAGGGUGGUGACAUCAUGUUAACCUGUAAAACAACAACAACUCUGUUUACCUGCUAUGUCUCUAGCUUGUUUUCACCAGUAGGCAGAAAUGGUCCUAGUCUACCCACCCAAACCCAACUGAUCAGGCUGUGCCACUUGGCUGCCAAAGGAGUGUGGAACAUGACAUCUGUAUUUUACAGGGAAAAUCUCAGAAGGCAUGGCUUAUCUAAUUCUGAUGUGUCAGUUUUCCUGGACCUGAAUAUUCUUCAGAAGGACGCAGAAUAUGAAAAUUGCUACAUGUUCACCCUCCUGCAUGUUCAGGAGUUUCUUGCAGCUCUGUUCUAUGUGAUGCAAGACAAAUGGGGAACCAGGGAGAAUUCCUUUCAGUCUUUGGAAGAUUUGAAGCUGUUGCUUGAAAGCAAGUGUUCUAAAGACCCCCAUCUGACACAGAUGAAAUGCUUUUUGUUUGGCCUUUUGAAUGAAGAUCAAGUAAAAGAACUGGAGAAAACUUUUAACUGCAAAAUGUCACUAGAGAUAAAAUGGAAGAUCCUUCAGUGGCUGGAGACGCUGAGGAACAGUGAAGAUAUUCCGGCACAGGUGGAGUUUCUGGAGUUGUUUUACUAUCUGUAUGAGACUCAAGACGAAGCAUAUAUAAGCCAGGCAAUGAGCUAUUUCCAAAAGGUUGUCAUUAAUAUUUGUGGGAAAAUCCAUUUGCUUGUGUCUUCAGUCUGCCUUAAGCACUGCCGAUGUUUACAGACCAUGAAACUGUCCAUAACUGUGGUGUUUGAGAAGAUGUUAAACUCAAGCCUUCCAGAUGAAAUUUGGGAUGGUGGUUGCAUUACCCAUUGUUGGCAAGAUCUCUGUUCAGUGCUUCAUACAAAUGAGCACUUGAGAGAAUUGAACCUGUGUCAUAGCAACCUCAAUGAAUUAGCCAUGAAGACUUUUUAUCAAGAAUUGCGGCAUCCAAACUGUAAACUACAAAGACUAUUGAUGAGAUUUCUUUCUUUCCCUGGUGGUUGUUGGGAUAUCGCUAGUUCCUUGACUCACAACCAGAAUCUGAUGCAUCUCGACCUGAAAGGGAGUGAUAUAGGGGACAGUGGAGUAGAGUCCUUAUGUGAAGCCUUGAAACACCCGGAGUGUAAACUACAGAAUCUGAGCUUGGAAUCCUGUGACCUAACUACAGUUUGUUGUUUAAAUAUCUCUAAGGCUCUUGUCAGAAGUCAGAGCCUGGUAUUUCUGAAUCUGUCAACCAAUCAGCUAUUAGAUGAUGGAGUCAAGCUGUUGUGUGAGGCCUUAGGACAUCCCAAGUGUCACCUCGAGAGACUGUCUUUAGAAAGCUGUGGCCUCACAGUAGUUGGUUGUGAGGAUCUUUCUUUGGCUCUCAUCAGCAACAAAAGGUUGACACAUUUGUGCUUGGCGGACAACGUCUUGGGAGAUGAUGGCAUAAAGCUUGUGAGUGAUGUUUUGAAACAUCCACAGUGCAAUCUCCAGAGCCUUGUGCUGAGGCGUUGCCACUUCACCUCCCUGAGCGGCGAACCUCUCUCAUCUUCUCUCCUACGCAACAAGAGCCUGACACAUCUGGAUCUGGGGUCCAACUGGCUACAAGAUGAUGGAGUAAAGCUUCUGUGCGAUGUCUUUCGGCAUCCCAGCUGUAACCUUCAGGACCUGGAAUUGAUGGGCUGUGUGCUCACUAGUGUAUGUUGUCUGGAUCUGGCUUCUGUUAUUCUGAACAACCCACACCUGCGGAGCCUGGACCUUGGAAACAAUGACCUGCAGGAUGAUGGAGUAAAAAUUCUGUAUCAGGCUUUGAGACAUCCAAACUGCAAUAUUCAGAGGCUUGGGUUGGAAUAUUGUGGUUUAACCUCCCUGUGUUGUCAGGAUCUCUCCUCUACUCUUAGAAGCAACCAAAACCUGAUAAAAAUAAACCUGACACGGAACACUUUAGGGUAUGAAGGAAUUAAGAAGUUAUGUGAAGUCCUGAGGUCUCCUGAAUGUAGACUGAAAGUUCUGGGGGUGUGCAAAGAGGCAUUUGAUGAGAAAGCCCAGAAACUGCUGGAAGCUGUGCAAGUUAGCAAUCCACAGGUCAUCAUUGUGCAUGAUUAUAAUGAUCACAGUGACGAAGAUGGUUCCUGGUGGCGGUAUCCCUGAUUUGAAGGACCUGAUGCUUUUUUAAAAAGUAAAAUGCUUCAGAGUAACAAGGCCUGGGACUCUUAACUUUAGAUGCUUUGUGCCCAUAUGUUUGAUGUCUGUUAGAUGUAGGUGAGUCACUUCUCUGGAAAAGGUCUGUUCUGUUUCACGUGGGAGCUG